ACUUUGGAUUUCUCGCAGCUUUUCUUUCCUUUUUUUUAUUUCUUUUUUGGUUUUUUUUCUUUUUAUUCCCUGUAGUUCCUGGCCUGCUGCCAGUGCCUCUCAGGGCCAAAGUUGUAUCUACAGGGAUAUAUACAUAUAUAUAUAUAUAUUUUUAAUUUUUUCCAAGCCAAGCCCAGCUGCACACAGACUAAACCGCGCUCCUGGGGCGAGCUUAACCCGGCAGAAGAGGAGCAGGACGAGCAGCAGGAGCUGCCUCUCCUCCAGCCCUGGCUGUCAGGAUGGAUUUAUGGCUUUAAAAGGAGUUGGGGGGGAGGAAAGAAAAUUCCCUGCAGGAGCCAGAGCUCGCAGCCCAGCGCAGCCGAACCCGGACGGAGCUGCAGGAUGGCUUUGGGGGCUGCUGGACCCGGACUAUGACUGAGCUCGGGCUUUGCUGGGCCCCCUCAGGUGGAUUUAAGGUGGUUGGGGCAGGACCAGGCUCUGCUAUGUUGGCCAAGGUGGUGUUUUCCCUUUUUCUGUGGCUGCAUUUUGCCGUGGGGCAGGACACACCUGAGCCAGCUCCCCUGCCAUCCACCUCCAACACCGAGGGCGACCUCCUGCUCCUGCUGGACAGCUCUGCCAGCGUCUCCCGCUAUGAGUUCUCCAAAGUCAAGGAGUUCAUGUGGGACCUCCUGCACCCUUUCACCUUCGGCCCCAGGGACGUGCAGACCAGCAUCAUCCACAUCAGCACCACUCCCAGCAUGGAGUUCCCCUUUGACCAGCACCUGAGCGGGGACUCCCUGAGGAAAGCCAUCGGGGGCACGCGGCAGCGCAUGGGCGACACCAACACGGGCAAGGCGCUGUCCUUGGCCAAGGAAAAGCUCUUCAGCAGCGAGGCUGGGGCCAGGCCUGACGUGCCCAAGGUGCUGCUGUGGGUGACGGAUGGCUUCUCCACGGAUGACAUCUCGGAGCCCAUGCAGCUGCUGAAGGACAUGGGCGUGACCGUGUUCAUCGUCAGCACCGGCCGCGGGAACUUCCUGCAGCUGUCGGCGGCCGCCAGCCCGCCCUCGGACACCCACCUGCACUUUGUGGACGUGGAUGACCUGCCCAUCAUCACCCAGCAGCUCAGGGACGCCAUCCGAGAUGUCAUCCGAGCCAACCGGCUGCACGCCACCGACGUCACCUCCAGCAGCUUCCGCCUGCUGUGGCCGCAGCUGCUGUCCCAGGACAGCGGGUUCUACAGCCUGCAGUACGGCCCGGCCGGGCAGCCCGCUGCCAGGAGCAGCCUGCAGGUGCCCGGCGCUCAGAGCAGCCUCGUGCUCAGCCAGCUGGCACCGGGAACCACCUACGAGGUGGUGCUGAUCCCCGAGUCCAACGUGCACUACUUCCCUCCCCAGAGAACCAGGGUCACCACCCUGCCAGAGGAAAUCAGCCCAGUUCAGGUUCUCAUCUCAGACUCUGGGCCCCGCAGCUUCCAGGUCAGCUGGGCUCCUGUGCUGGACAGCGUGGCCACCUACCAGGUGCUCUAUGGGCCCCUGCCAGGGAACUCAGCCAAGCUGCUGCAGGUGGACGGGAGCCACAACAGCACCCUGGUGCAGCACCUGGCACCCAACACCACCUACCUGGUGACAGUGACAGCCAUCUACAGGUCUGGGAAGGAGAAAUCCCUGUCAGCCAAGGCCUGCACCCUGGAAGAGGGCUCCAGGGUGAGGCACCUCCGCUUUGAGGACGCGGGUCCCAGCAGCGUCAGAGCCUCCUGGGACUCGGCGGCCGGGGCCGUGCGGGGGUACCGGGUGCGCUGCCGGCGCCAGAGCGGCGCCUCCUCCGUGCUCAGCGUGUCCCCGCAGGUGCACAGCGUGCUGCUGAGUGACCUGCCCUCGGGCAGCAGGGGCAGGGUGUGCGUGCAGCCCCUGUACAGCAACCAGCCGGGCAGGAGGCUCUGCCGCACCGUGCACAGGCAGCCAGCCACAGAGGCCCAAGGAUACAGGCACAGAGAGCAGGACAGACCGCAGUGAGCUCAUUCCCAGCACAGCAAAAGUCCGGAAUGGACAAAGAUUUGGACAAAAAGGAGAAGUCAGGGGAGGAACAACCUCAUCCCCCAGGCUGUGCUGUCCCUGGAGGUGUCCUGCCCAAACCUGGCCCCAGCCAAGCUCUCCCAGCUUUAAAGGCUUGGCUGGAUGCAUGGAACAGCCAGUGUGACUGGAAAAUGUGACUAAAAGAUGCCAAAUCUGUCCCCAUUCCACAGAAACGCAAGUAACAAACAGAAGGCAGAGUGGUGCAUCCUCACUCUUGCUCCUGUUCUCCAUUUAUUCAAGGUUGAUGCAGGUUUCUUUUUGCAUGAGCACAUUCAGGACUUGGCUGCUCAUCUUCCACCUGGCCAAAUCCAUCCCUGAAUCCAACCCAUUCCCUCCAGGGAGCCUGGAAGGAAUGAGAGAGCAGGAAAUCCAAAAUCCUGGGGACGUUCUUCCCUCCAGGAGCAGCUGAGAGCCCAGAAAAGCCAGACAAAACCAUCUAAAACAUUGAUUUUUUUUGUUUCUGUGCUCCUGCCUGGAUCAUUGCUCUGGCAUUCCUCUUCACCAAAUGGGAGUGCUGCUGUCCUCGUGGAGAUUAAUUAGCCUGUUCUGUGACUAAUUACAGGCAAUAAGUCUCCAGCACUAUCAUUCCUCUGCACUCUGAACACACACAGCACAUCUCUGGUGUCUUGUCUUGGGCUUCCACCCCGUGCUAAGCUUGAGCUACACUUAAAAAUGAACGUUUUUAAGGUAAAAAAAGUAUAAAUCUGAUUAUUUCCCUUUGUCCCUAAGUUUGAACUCGCUGCCUCUAAGCCACUCUGGAAAGGGGAGCUGGGGAAAAAAAAAGAAAGAUAAAUUAAUUAUAAAUACUUAGUGACCAAGCAAAUAGUUUCAAAGUUCAGGGUUUAGGGCUGUAAAGAAAUGUAGAUGUUUCUCUGCCAAACCCCACCAUCAGUGGGAACACCCUCCCUCAGUAACUCUGGCUCUAUUUUAAAUUUAUUGCUUAUUUUCCCUCCAUGUGGAACUUGGUUUUGAAGCAGUGCUGUUUGUUGGAGAGCCCCAUUCAGCCUCACAAAUCCUUCUUAAAACAGCUUAAAUCAGCUCCUUUUGGAGCUGAGAGGAACUUUUAUCCCUGACUUUGUCUCCUGAGAGCUGAAUCCUUCAUCUCCACCUUUCUGGAGCAUUUUUCCUUGGGCUGCCUUGUUCAGGAGAGAAGGGAGGUGAGUCAUUCAUUAACUCUAUAAAGAGAUUUUCACAUGAUUUUUGUCCUCCUCUGGAAUGUGCAUUUGUGACUGAUUAAUCUCAGCGUUGAAAGGAUCACAAAGCCCCUGGAACUGCUCAUGCCAUAAAAUGAUUUUGUUUCUUCUCGCUGUAGGACAGAAAUUAAGUUUGCACAACUCCCUGCAUAGUUUAUUAAUGCAUUAAUUUCCAUCCCCCCUCAGUUGUAACUCAGCCUUUUGAAGACAAAUAAAUAUAAAUACAAGAGCUACU